AGAUGACCCUCAAGAACAAACCUUUGCCUUCGUCUGACAAGGCUGCUGCUAAAAUGGCCAUGCUGGAGGUAGAUAAGAGCUUUAUAUCAUCAGAGCACAGUGAUGAGGAGAUGGAGUUGUGGGCGAGAACUGUUGAUCUUCCUGGCUUCGACGACAAUGUAUCUCCAAACAAUGCCAUCACGAUGCUGCUCAGAUUCGUCAUCGGAGAGGUUGUAGUUCAACUAUGCCGCUCAAGCAACCGCAUAGACAAACCAUAUUUGAUGCUACGGGUGAGCAAGGCAGUAUGUGAUGUGGCCUUGAUGGAGUAUGGCCCCGCAGUGCAGGCGUCUCUAGGCAGUGUACAGCUGGUAGACAAGCUACAUGUGGGCCUGGCGGGGGAGUAUCUGGAGCUGAUAGCUACUGAACCUGGAGUGGAUGUCAUCUCACUGCUGUACAGGAAGGUAAGAGCCAACUGCCCAGACUUCAAGAGCCACUUUCACAGUGUUGAGCAAUCUCUGGUCCUGGACUUCUCUUCCAUCAGUGUCAUCCUUCAUCGGGAAGCCUUCGUGACUCUCAACAAAUAUCUGCAAUACCUCAUGCAGAAAGUGCAGAGCAGGGACAUUGAUCUGUGGUCCAGGGCCAAACACUUCUACGCACCUCUGCAGUCCAAACUGUGGCACACUCCUGUAGAUCCACCCAUCCCACCCGGAGCCACCAAGUUUAGCUACUCCACCCGGAUGUCACAGUUUCGGGUGCGGCUGUGCGACACUGACCUUGAGUUUUUGGAUAUAAAGGUGGGAGGGCUGGAGAGUGACUGCAUGUUUAAGGCCAAUGAGAGGAUGGUGUUGAAGUUCUACUUGAGCAGUAUAACUGUUGACGACCUCUCGGAUAUGACACUGUACCCCAAGGUGUUGGCUGUGGACGAUGAGCGAGUGGUAGAGUUGAAGUAUGUGAGACACAGCCCCAAGUUGUACAAACACACAGACGUCGACACCAAGAGAGACGACGUCAAGUCUGACGGCAGUGUUAAACUGCACGUCGGCCGCAUUCAUCUCGUGCUCUUCUACAAAAUGUUCAUUGACAUUCAUCGUUUCAUGGAGCCGUUCAUCCGCCCAGGGUUGGUGGUAGGUUGGCUGCACUGGGCUGAGCGAUGUUUCUCUGAGUGGGUGGCAUCACUACGUGGAUGGAGCACAAGAAUCCAUCUCUCACUUGAUAUCCAAGGCCCUUCUCUGUUGCUUCCUCAGAAACUGGCUUCUCCUAACCUCAUCAUCUUCAACAUGGGUGAUCUGAACGUGGAGAACUUUUUCAAAGAGGUGUCCAGUAAUGACGGGUCGAGCCCUGUGCAAGAUAACAUCCUCAUCAGAUUAGAAGCAGUGCAGCUUUGCAGAGCAGUCAUGACUCUAGCUGGGUCUCUACAUGUGCAGGAGCCGAUCAUUGAACCGAUAAGUGUGCGGCUGGAUGUGAAGCGUACAGUGGCGUACCACACGGCAAUGUGUGCACAGUCACACGUGUAUGUGCCAUCCAGCAGCCAGCUGUUGUUGUACAACGUGCUGGGUGUCGUAGACAACAUCAGGAUCAACCUGGGCCAACGAGACCUUGCCACUCUGCUCUCAGUGUGGUCUGAUAACUUCAACGACGGCCGGUUCAUCGGUGAGAUAACCAGCAGUUGGCACUCUGUGUCCUUGGUUGACCCUGGCUCUCCAUCAGCUGUUUCUGAGGACCCAGCCGUCCGCAAACUGGCUGCGUUCUUCUCUCACAGUGAGCAAGUCCGCAAAGAGGCUUCUCUCAGUUUUCAGUUUGACGGAUUGCAACUCUUUCUGUUCAGUGACAUGGAUGAGGUGCUGAGUUCGCCAGUGAGAGACUUGAACCACGGAUUGUGCAAGCUGGUGACAGGAGAGGCCAUGUUGAGUCUAGAGUCAUACACGGACCACAGCAUGGAGCUGAAGAUGUCUCUGCAGUCUUGCCACCUGCGCGACAUCCGGCCUGACAACAACAACUGCAUCAGGAAAAUCUUCCAGUCGCACGGUGGCGACCAACAAGAGAGCAACAGCCACGUGUCAGUCUCCACUCCACCCAUCGUAGACAUCACGUUCCGCCAGUCCCACACAGGCGAUCGCUGCGUGGACGUGCUGGUGGAGCGGACGAGACUCAACCUGUCUGUGCCGUUCGUACUGGAGCUUGGCCGCUUUGUGCUCGACGCUCUACCCGGGGACAAGACCUGCGAGGGCGGAGUCAUCAAUCAUGGCUAUGUUGGUGACACAGGUGUGCAGGGUAAAGCCCCCAUGGAACACCCGAGGCCUCCCAGUUCCAAUGACAGCACCAGUGGCUACUUCUCCUCAGGGGCGUCUUGUGUAGAUGAUCAAGCAGGAUUGUCAAUAUCGCUGCAGUUGCGCAGGCCGGAGGUGAUGCUGUUUGCAGGUGGGGGGUCAGCUUCAGUGGGGGAGGAUGGCGGGGGCCAGGCACUACUGCUCCGGACAGAGUUCCUGUUGGACUACAGUCGUCAUCCGGGACAUAGCAACCUUGUCUGCUCCCUCUCCGGACUUCAUAUAGUGUCCAGCAAUAAGAAGAGACCUCAUCUUGUCUUACACCCAUGUGAUCUCGAGUUCUCCCAAACUUUCAAGAGUGAGGAAGGUCUCAAGGUCCUAGUCAGCAUGAGUACCAUUGACAUAAGAUUGUCAGCAAGCAUAGUUCACACACUCUUAGACAUUGUGGAAGAAAUCAACCUGCAUCUGCAGACUGAAGAGCCUGACCCUCUGACCAACAUUUGUCACAUGGCCAGCGAGUUUGAGGACUUGUGGUCGCCCAAGAAAAUAUUGCCUCAAGUUUUCCCACAGCACACUGCAGAGCACCCAAUGUUCACCAGGACAGGUGAGGGGAGACUCAGUGAGUCAUUGACAGUCUGCAUGACCAAGUUACGACUGGUGCUGGAACUGGAAUCACCUGUGGGAGGGUCCCACAACACCAGUAAUGUUCCUGUGAUCAUGUUGAGAGCUGCAGCAGAGGCAGGGUUACACAACUGGUCGUCGUCCGCUCACAUGCAAGGUGAGGUUCAGUUGCAAGUUUCCUACUACAAUUCCAACGUAGGCUCUUGGGAACCGUUGAUUGAACCUCAGGUAGAGGUAGAAAAUGUCUACAGGCCUUGGGAAGUGCUGUUUAAGGUUUUCCAAGCCAAGGCUUACCCUCUGUCCUCACGCCUGGACCAUGAGUUGAUGGAGGGUGAGAGGCAGGUGGGGCACAAAUUGCCUCGAGUGGUGGGGGAGCAGACGACAGCAGGGGCGGAGGACUCGGAGACAUCAGCUGAUGAACAAGAACCUGAGGCAGCAGCCAUGACGUUCAUACGGCGCCGGGAGAACGACGCACACCGCAAGACUAUGCAUGAGAGUGUCAGUAUGGUGGGAUACCCUGCAGACUCUGACUCGGACAAUGAGGAAGGAGUAAUGGAGAAACUGGCUUGUGCCAUCGGACAUCUGUUUACUGGAGACAGCAGUGAUGGUGAGGCCAGUGAGUCGGAGGAGUCUAGUGGAGCAGAGCCGUCAGGAGAGACUGAAGACGCCUCGGAGAUAGAAUCCAUGAGUGUCCAAGGCACCGUGGUGGGGCGUGACGAGAGAGCUGUCUUCCUAAAAAAACACAGUGACUCGGUGGAUUCGGGUUUGGAGGCAGAGUCAGUAGACAGGAUGGCCACCUACGUGAUGAUCGAGUCACGAGACCGCCUGGAAUUGACCGUGUCUCCUGUCGCUCUGAGGGUCAUCUCUGACCUGGUUGCGUCAUUCACGCGGCAGUCUGCCCCUGCGCUGCACAAGGCACCCAACCUGGCACUGGUCAACGACCUGACCCCUGCGUCUACCGUUACUCUUCUGUGCAAGACUGAGGCCACCCCAGGUCAGGUUGUGAUGACUGCGAGUUACGCAAGGUCUGACUCUCUACCCAGCAGUCCAGCGUCCACCACAGCCUCGGGUGACUUGUUGGACGAACACACGCCUUCAGAGUCUGAGAACGACAUUGAGAGCUUUGAGGGUAACUUCUCAGUGUACUCCAAUGUUGAGCAUGGUAAAGGUGACAUUCUCUCUCCACUUAUGAGGUUUCCAACUGAAACUGUGGCCAAGCUGUACAACAGAGUCACGGACCAACGGCUGAGGAUAGAGGUUCCAGGAUUUGAGAAGCUAGAGGUGUUGUGUCCGAGGCGCACUGUCAGUAAGGUGCAUCUGUUGCAUCCCACGGGCACCAACACAACAGGGGCUCGCUACUAUGUGGUGGUCAACCUGGACAGUGGAGAUUGGGGUUGUCACAUCACUGUGCGGUCGCCACUGCAGAUAAGAAACGAGACCUCUUACGCUAUGGGUAUCUACUACAAGAAACCAGUGCUUGAAGCCCUCGGUAUUAAGCACAUAGGAGAGUCCACCAAUCCGUUUGAAGAUACAAACCGCAUCGCCAUCGUAGAACCUGACGAGACAUACAAUGUGCCCCUGCAUGUGGCGUACCACUGUAAACUGCACAUCCUGCCUGCAUACGUAGAUAGCUACCAUGUUAGUGAGGCGGGGUUGUGGUGGCAAGACCUAGCUGCUGAUCUCAACACUCCCAAAGACAUUUUCUGUGUCCCAAAAGAAGAAAAGGACCAGACUGUUUUUUCUGCACGUGCAUUGUGUGAGGAAGGGGUGCCUAUGAGUAGAGUGUCACGCUCCAUGCCUAACUACCUGAUCCGUCUGCUGCCGCCACUUGCUGUACACAACCGUCUGCCAUACGCCGUCCAGCUCAAGAUACCAUCCAUCAAGUAUGACGUUCGCAUCGAAGCUGGCGACAAGGCCAACAUAUACUUCCUCAAUCUUAUGAAAAUGCACAAAAUUGUUGUCGAAGUGCCUUCAUACCUGGGCAUUCCAUGGCAGGGCUCGUGGACUCUGAGCAGUGAUCUAGAGGAGAAGGUGGUUGCCAUGGCAACAGAACACGACACAGAGGGCGGCAACAAACAGCUGGGACUCAACAUCAGAGUAGAGCGCAGUGAGGUGUGUGACGUUCUGCUGCAUGCGCCCUACUGGAUCAUCAACAAGACCGGACUCCCUCUACAGAUACGGGCAUCGCUGUCUGAUGUUGUGUACGAGGCGCAAAGUGAGGAGCCAUUGUUGUUCUGCUAUAGAAAACAUCGUCGACGUUGUGUUCGUCUCCGGGCCUACCACUCGUCCUGGUCAUCCGCCUUCUCUCUAGACACCGUGGGCUGCUCUGGCCUCGUCGUCUGCAGGGAUCGAGAAAGGAAACGGAGGUAUCGUAUCUUGCUGACAGUAAGUCUCUCUUGCUCCUCCCCUCACAUGACCCGCAUUGUCACGUUGCUACCGAACUUCCUAGUGACCAACGAGACUCGGAGACAUCUGAGGUUCAUGGAGGACAACGAGCGAGCCGACCUCUGGAUAGACCUGGCGCCCUCUCAGUGUGUUCCGUUCUGGCCAGACACAGACUCUAUGAGAAUGUUUGUCAAGUUCCGGGACAGCAAAGUCGUCUCUCAGCACUUCCCCAUCGCCAACAUUCAUCAGACUGUUCUACGCAUGGAUAGAGGGUGUGGUCUGUGUGUGGAAGUGAGUGGAGGGGGAGAGAGGCCAUUCUACAUCAUGUUCCGUCCCUACCAGCCGGGCGACGCUCCAGUCAGGGUGGACAACCUGUGUGAGGACCUCUUCUUGAAAAUCCAUCAGCAGCAGCUUGGACAGGUAGCUCUACUGAGUCCUUACCAGUCAAUGCUCUACACUUGGGAUGAUCCAUCCAAAGAACGUUGCCUUCUGUGGAAUGUUUACAACAAAAAAUGCAAAGGCUUCAUGGCUGACUUUAACAAGGAUGGUUAUGGCCAAGAGAGAGUAAGCUUCCACAUGGUUCGCCAACAGCCGGUGACACCGACAGCGACAACGACAGCAACAGUGACAGCCAAGUUGUCGGCCAGUCUCAAGCGACUGUCAACUCCGCCACAAGACGAAAGCAGUAGCAGCGAUGACAGUGAGUCGGACGAGUUACAGCGACCACAGCUGAUGAAGAAGACCAGGAAAGACAAGGUGGUUGUGUUCUGGGUGAGCUACUUGGAAGGUCCGCAGAGAGUGCUGCUGUUCACUCAGGAUGAGAGAGUGGCAUUCCAAGCACGAGGCAAGAUAGACGCAGAGAAAGCCAAUCUGGAGAUCUUCUUGUCUAUGAGAGGCAUUGGUUUGUCGUUGGUGAACAACAGCCACCACCCUAGUGUCCGAGAGGUGGCGUACGUGAGUGCCAACGACUCCUCAGCAGUGUGGGAAGUGAAUGUGGCGCACAAGUGGAAGAUGCUGACAUUGGAGCUCGCCUCCUGGAUAGAGGAACGCUGGAAACUCGACUGUAAGAAGGCGCAGAUGAAGGAGUAUGUGCAUGUUGACUUUGAGAAGAUGCACAUGACCAAGCCAUUUUACGGGGAGUUGAGGAGACGUUACAGUCCGGCAGUGUGGCUGCAGCUACGCAAGUCUCAUCACCACACUUAUCUGCACUUCAAGCUGCAUAGGCUGCAGGUGGACAAUCAGACUCAGGACGCAGUGUUCCCUACAGUUGUCAACUCCACAGCAGUCCCUCCACACAUUGUGAGGAAGGUGGGAGUCAAGCCUUGUGUAGAGUUGGCAGUGAUGAAGCGACACAGGCCCAAGCACAACCAAGAUGUUUACAAAUUUGUAAAGCUACUGAUGCAAGAGUUCUCCAUCCGGUUGGACAAGGGAUUCAUACUCUCUCUGUAUGAGAUGUUGAGUCCGUGGCUGUCUGAAGAGAAACCAGCGAUCCGCAUCCGUAGUGACAUCACCACGCUACACCAACCGGCCUCAGCCAAGAAUACCUCAGCCUUGGCCCAGUCCAAGGUGGUGGUGGAGUGGAUGCAUGUCUCGCCACUCAAGCUGCAGUUGAGUUUCUCGCCCAGAGGCAGCAGUGUGGGAGGUCAGUUCUGUUGUCUGCCGGGUCGCUCACACACGGUCGACGUGCUGCACCUGCUGCUGGACAACAUCGCUCCAUCACUGACGGACGUCAAGGACAUCAAGCUCAAGACGGCGUUCUACGAGACCCGUGGCCGUGUGGUGACGCUGCAGUCUGAACUGUCCGAGGUGCUGAGUCACUACACCAGUCAGCUGAUGCAGCAGUUACACGUGCUGGUGCUGCAGACUGAUGUGCUCGGCAACCCUUACGCCCUCGUGGCAGAUUUCACCGAGGGCCUGGGCGACCUGUUCUAUGAGCCACCUCUGGGUACACUAGAGAGCCCUGAGGAGUUUGGUGAGGGGCUGGCACAGGCAGCGCAGUUUAUGAUGGGACACACAAUGGGUGGCUCUGCUCUCACCAACACUCUCAUAACCUCGUCCAUUACACACACUGUCAACUUUGACGAUGACUUCAAGAAGAAAAGAAGACUGUGUCUCCAGUUGUCCAGUGAGUUACCAGAUGCUCUCAUUCUGAGUAGCCGCACAUUUGAGAUGGGCGUCGCUCUGGGCCUGUCGGGCAUCAUAAUGAAACCUAGCAUCAUAGACGGCAACGUGUUCUCAAAACAAUGGCAAGGGUCCCAACAAGAAGGUGUGGAGAGCUUCUUCAGAGGAGUUGGCAAAGGUCUGAUGGGUCUUCUGACUAAACCUUCCGGGGGUGUAGCGGAUUGUGUGGCCAUGGCCAACGACGGAAUCAAACGAGCAUCUGAAAUGGGUGAGGAUAUAAUUUUCCGUACUAGGCUUCCCAGAUACGCAAACCCUUACUUGGGUAUCAAGCCGUUCUCCCUGUACGAGGCGACGGGCAUGCAGCUGCUUAACACCCUCAGCAAGGGACAUUAUGCAGACACUGACAUCUACUGGGCUCACGCGACACUCUCCCUCGAGUGCAAGUCUACUCUGCUCGUCACUUUACAACACGUGUUUCUGGUAGAGAAGUGUCGGGCAUGGGAGAUUGACUGGAUGGUUAGAGUUGACGACAUCAUGGCCGUUCCGACAUUACAAGGCGACAAGCUUACGUUUAAAGUCAGACAGGACGAGAGCUUCAACUUGUUGUCGGGAGAUGAACGUUUCGUCCAGAGCAAGGAGACGGCUGUGCUGCAGUGGCUGCAGAACAAAGUGGAGACUGUGCUGAUACUCAACAUGGAGGACAAGCCUUGCCCUAGUGUGGAGUUGUAGAGUUACGCUAGCAUUGUGCUGAGUCAGUCUGGUGAUGGAUGUAUGUAGAGCAAUGGUCAGUCAUGGGUUUGAGUCUGUAUGUAAUACGUUUUUAUAUUCUGUUCUAUUGUUUCAGUACUUGUUUUGACUAUUAUUGAUGAGAGUAGAUUUCCCAUUCCAAUGUUACAGUUGUAGUCAGUUUUAGCAUAAAGGAGAAUAUAAUUUAAUUGAGUCACCGACUUAGUUUGCUGAUGUCUGUUGACUUCUGUUGAAUGCACCAACUUUUUAACCUUAAACCAAAAGUCCAGAAGGAGAACUUAUCACAAAUAACACAAGUAUAUGUUUAAUAAUACAUCGACUAUCAAAGUAAAAAACAAAACUAAUAAACUAAUGUAGAAAAUCGAAUUAUGACAUUAGCACACUCUAUGGUGGCCAACUGAACUAUGUUCAAUUAAAUUAGAAAGUUGUUACAGCUGGUCCAUAUAGAUGGGAAGUGGGAUGUCUACUUCAGUAUCCAAGUCAAUGGUUCUAUCAUAGACUAACCAACACAAGUUUUUUGACGAAAUGUUGUUUCUAUUA